AUGGCUAAGCUGGAACUCAACAUCCCUGAUCUUACUCUGCCUGAUGGCAAUAAGAUACCCAUGAUAGGUUAUGGCACGGGCACAGCAUGGUACAAGAAUGAUGAAAACUCUCCCAAAGACCAAGGCUUGAUCGAUGCAGCGAAAACCGCGAUCAAAGUCGGAUAUUACCAUCUCGAUGGAGCUGAAGUGUACAACACAGAAGAGGAACUAGGUCAAGCCAUCAAAGAAAGCAAAGGGCCCCGUGAAAAGCUCUAUGUGACGACCAAAGUCAUUACUCACAUUGACGAUAUUCCUGCUGCCAUCGAUCGAAGUCUCAAGAAACUCGGACUUGAUCAUGUUGAUCUGUACCUCAUUCACGCACCUUUCUUCGCCAAGGGCGACAAGAAGGCGCUUCAAGCGAAAUGGGCCGACAUGGAGCAGGUCGCCGCCUCAGGCAAGGCCAAGAGCAUUGGAGUGAGUAACUUUCGUAAGGUCGAUCUCGAUGCUAUUCUUGAAACUGCCAAGGUCCGCCCUGCUAUCAAUCAGAUUGAAUUCCAUCCUUACCUUCAACAUGGAGACUUGCUGGCAUACCACAAGAACAAAGAUAUCAAGGUCGCAGCAUAUGCACCUCUGACUCCCGUCACCAAAGCGAAAGGAGGUCCCCUUGAUGGGUACCUUGAGCAACUGGCCAAGAAAUAUGGUGUGAACCCUGGAGAGAUCUUGUUGCGCUGGUGCAUUGAUCAAAACGUUGUCGCAAUCACCACCAGUUCAAAAGAGCAGAGAAUGAGUGACAUGCUCAGAAUCUUUACCUUCAAGCUCACAUCCAAGGAAGUGGAUGAGAUUUCGACCACGGGCAACACUCAUCACCAUCGAGCAUUUUGGAACCACAUCUUUGAUGACAAUGACCGAACUUGA